AUGGACGACGAACUCGCUCUGCUUGAACUCUACAUGGAGGAAAAGGCGCCUACGGCAAGCUGCCUGGAGAAUAGCCUCACCCUAACGAUGGAUGGAAUCGACAGGCAACUCGAAACUGCUGCUAUUAUUCGCUCAGACUGGACGCAUAUGAAAGGAGAUGUACUUAACUUCAGUCCACCCCAGGAACAAGUGAUCGAACUGAAUCGAAUUCUCAGGGCAGCUGAAUCGGCGAAGGAAAAGAUAGAAGUGGUACGAAAGAUUAUUCGACCCCAUCGAUGCAAGAACUGGAUACAAGUGCAGAAAAGAUCAAUCAACAUCUCCGAGAUCCUCUCGAAGAGCGACGACGAAAUCAAACGCCUUGGAACUCUAGUAAAAGAAAUCGAGAAGGAACUCUUGAAAGUGGAACGAGAAGUUUACAAUUCGAAGCAAUACGACCAAGCCGAAACGCACAAAAGGAUGGCAUUCAUGCUCAUCGUACGAGCUGGAAGCAAUAAGAACACAGUACGAAGGAACAGCUUAACCAACAACAAGUUCCGAAAAAGGAAAAAAGAGAAGAGGCAGAAGGCCGAAAUCUCUGACAAGGCCUACUUCGAAAGAAUGAUCGAAGAAGUUAACGACGAAGAUGAUCGAAUGGAGGAAGUACCUAAUCUGGAGGACAUUUCAAGCGACGACGAAGACGACCGUGACAUCGAUAGAAGAGAUAGUUCCGACGAAAUCACAAGUAUCAAUCGACUCAAGAAGACCUAUGGGAAAUGGAAGAUGUUCUUCACAAGUUUCCAUACAGAA